AUGUCCGAGGAUUACAAUUUAUGGACAAAAUGUUUUGCCUGGAUCAAGGAAAGAAAGGAGAAAAUGCGGGAAGAGAGGUAAUGUUAAGAUUGGAUGGGGUUAUGCAGAAAAUAGGUUAGAUAUAAAUGAAGAUAUACCUGAUGUUUUGUGCAAUGAUACGCAAUUACAAUUACGAAAGAGGAAGAGAGGAUAUACUCGGCCAAACAUUCAAGUAAGUACUCAACGGCGUGAUAACUCGGUUUAGAAAAAAUGUGACAUCGAAUGGACGGAAGAAGAAGAACAGACCAUUCAAAAACUGAGCACUUUAAUGAACAGUCAAUUCAGAGGAAAGGUGGAGGUAAUUGCUAAUAAAAGGACAACCGACAAAGUAACCAUGGAUAGACAGAAAACGGUGGAACGGCCGAAGAAUGUGAAAGAAACCAGAAGCAACAGAAAAGUUAGACUUUAUCGAGAUCCAAUUGCAAUAUCCAAGGUGGACUCCCGGAUUAAAAAUUCGAAAAAAAGUUCAAAGCGCAAGGAAGUCUCGAGAAAUAAGAAAUAG